GGUCACCGGUCACCACACUGAAAUUCAAAAAAACACAAUUGAAAUUCCCGAAACCCCAAUUCAAAAACCUCAUCUCUCUCUCUCUCUCUCAAUCACUCCCUGGAUCGAGAGAGAAAUGGAGACGAUGCUAAUCGACUGUGUACAAAACAGUCUCCGUCACUUGCUCUACCGCAACGCUAUUUUCAUGUGCGAGCGUCUCUGUGCUGAGUUUCCUUCCGAGACAAAUUCGCAACUGCUAGCAGCGUGUUACUUGCAAGACAAUAAAGCGUACUCUGCUUAUCAUAUUCUAAAGGGAACACAACAGCCUGAAUCCAGAUAUCUCUUUGCCAUGGCAUGCUUUCAGAUGGAUUUGCUAAAUGAAGCUGAAACAGCACUGUGUCCUGCUAGCGAGCCUAGUGCAGAGGUUCCAAAUGGUGCUGCUGGUCAUUAUCUUAUUGGUCUCAUCUAUAGGUAUACUGAUAGAAGAAGAAGUGCUGUGCAUCACUUUAAACAAGCCUUAUCAGUUGACCCAUUAUUUUGGGCGGCAUAUGAAGAGCUGUGUGUAUUAGGUGCUGCUGAAGAGGGGAAUGCAAUUUUUGGUGAAUCAGCAUCACUGUAUGUUCAAAAGCUAUACUCGGGUCAUGCUGUGGUUUCCCAGAGCAUGCUGUCAUCUACUGAAAAUAAAAUUUCAGUUUCGGUGAGAAAUUUAAGUCCACAUGACCCAAGUCCAAGGCAAGUAAAGAAUAUGCACAGUAAUACUUUGAAAGAUAACUCUGGAAGUUAUCAUGGAACAGCUUUGUCUGUAGGAGCUUCUGGUCAGUUUAUCAAUGGAAGUUCUGCCAAUAUGACGUUUUACAGCACUCCUUCUCCAAUGACUGCACAGAUAUCAGCUGUUGCUCCGCCUCCUAUAUAUAGAAAUAUGCAAGCAAAUGGUCCACAUCCGAGCUUACUUGGUAAUGAUGGGUCCUCAAGGUCCACAAUAAACACAACUAUGCAAGCCCCUCGAAGAAAGUUUGUGGAUGAGGGAAAAUUAAGAAAGAUUUCAGGAAAGUUAUUUGAUUCAGGCCCAAGACGAAGCACGAGACUUGCUGGAGAAUCAGGACCCAACACAGGCUCAAGUACAGCAUCAUCUACUGGAAAUGGAACUAGUCACUCCUCAAAGUAUCCUGGUGCCUCAAAGUUGGGCUCUGUUGCAUCUCGUUCUGCGACUUUCCGGAAGGGACAAGCUCGGGGUUCUGAAAGUACUGAUGAAGGGGUUCAACAAGAGAAUUAUGAUGAUUCCCAUCCUAGUAUAACGACAAGUUCCACAUCAUCACUUGCAUGUGAUACCAAAUCCCUUGAAGAAGGGAUCUUGAUGACCACAGGGGGGAUUAUUAUGAGUGAAUCACAAGCUAUAACUGGCGCUUCAGACUUAAUAACACUCUUGGCUAUUCUUGGGGAAGGUUAUAGACUUUUGUGCAUGUAUAGUUGCCAGGAUGCGCUGGAUGUUUACCGAAGACUUCCGCAUAAGCAUUAUAACACUGGCUGGGUCCUUUCUCAGGUCGGAAAAGCACAUUUUGAGUUGGUUAAUUAUUUGGAAGCUGAUCAUGCUUUUAGUCAGGCUCGUCUGAUCUCUCCCUACAGUUUGGAAGGAAUGGAUGUAUAUUCUACAGUUUUAUUUCAUUUAAAGGAGGACAUGAAAUUGAGCUACUUGGCUCAGGAGCUGGUGUCAACUGACCGCUUAGCUCCUCAGGCAUGGUGUGCUAUGGGUAACUGUUAUAGCUUGCAGAAAGACCAUGAAACUGCUCUUAAGAAUUUCCAGCGUGCUGUUCAGCUAAACCCACGAUUCGUUUAUGCCCACACCCUUUGUGGUCACGAAUAUGUGGCCCUAGAGGAUUUUGGGAAUGGACUCAAGAGCUACCUAAGUGCUCUACGAGUUGAUGAAAGGCAUUAUAAUGCCUGGUAUGGUCUUGGUAUGAUUUUCCUUCGCCAAGAGAAGUUUGCGUUUGCAGAGCAUCACUUCAGGAAGGCUUUCCAUAUAAAUUCACGCUCUUCUGUUAUUAUGUCUUAUCUAGGGACUGCUUUGCAUACCUUAAAGAGAAGUGAUGAAGCUUUAUUGAUGAUAGAGAAAGCUAUUUCAGCUGAUAAGAAGAAUCCUCUUCCCUUGUAUCAGAAGGCUAAUAUACUUACAAGUAUGGAAAGAUUUGUAGGGGCUCUAGAAGUCCUUGAGGAGCUAAAAGAUUAUGCCCCUCGUGAAAGUAGUGUGUAUGCUUUGAUGGGUAAGAUAUACAAAAGAUGCAAUAUGCAUGACAAGGCCAUGCUUCAUUUUGGACUAGCGCUAGAUUUAAAACCAUCCGCGACAGAUGUUGCAACUAUCAAGGCUGCCAUAGAGAAGCUGCAUGUACCAGAUGAGUUGGAGGAUACCUUGUGAAUUCACAUAGUAUUUCAGUGCAAAAGUAGAGAUGUUGUAAAUUAUUCGGCUUAAUGUACCAUCUCCUUGAGGCCUGGCCUGCUUGCGCUUUCGGAAAGUGGUGGAUUAGUUUACCUAAUCUUUUAGGCUUUCAUUUAGUUUUGUAACCAUGUAUUUACAGUUUUGUUUUGUAUUCGAUCAAGUAGUAUACUAGCUUAGGUAGAUAUCAAGGAUUAGAUUGAACAAUACUUGUAAAAGAAUUUGUACCAAUGUCAAGAUGGCAUGUUUCAAAAUAUGUACUCAGUUAUCCGUAGCAUACACAAUUCGUAUAA